AUGACUUGGUCAACACAGAAGAUAGCUCACUAUCUGAGUAACGGAGAUGCGGUCAACAUUCCAGCCACGUCAUUUCGGCAGUUCCGUCUUCUCAGAUUCCCAACAGGAACAUAUUUUCCUCCCGCGACCACAGUCGUCGCCUCCUGCGACCAUCGCCAUUGGCAACCACCGAUGCCUCCUCCCUGGCCACAGCCGUCGCCUCCUGCGGCCAUCGCCGCCAGCAGCCACCGCUGCCUCCUCUCGCGGCCACAACCAUCGCCUCCUGUGGCCGUUGCCGCCGACAACCACCGCUGCCUCCUCCCGCGGCCACAGCCGCCGCCUCCUGCUACCAGCACCGCCGGCAGCCACCGAUGCCUCCUCCUGCGGCCACAGCUGCCGCCUCCUGUGACCAUCGCCGCCGGCAGCCACCGCUGCCUCCUCCCGCGACCACAACUGCCGCCUCCAGCGGGUGUCGCCUCCGUCAGUCGUCGUUGCCUCAUCCCGCGGUCAUAG